GAGGCACAGAGAUCAACUAAAGGGUAGAGUGGCGCCCGCCCCCAUCUGGAUAGGCAUUUCCGGUCUCGUGCCGGAGGAGCUGUUUGGGGCGGGCGGAGUUCUCCUCCGCGUCCACCCGGCACCGCUCCCUUCCUCGAUCUCUCUACCCGUUCCUAUCUCUGUGGGUGAGGGUGCUGUCCGCGCAUGCGCCCUGGCCCAGCCGAGGGGGCGGCGGCGGCGGCGUCUCGGAGCCCCUCCCUCCCUGCCUGCCUGCCUCCCUCCGUCCGUCCGCCCCGUCCGGUCCCUUCCCGAUGGAGGCGCUGCGGGCGGCGGGCCGGGCCGUGCUGCGGAGCCCCAGCCUCGCCCGACACCGCCUGGGCGUCGCCCGCCUCCGCCGCCACCGUGAGUCCCUCCCCCGCCGCGGGAGCCCCACGUGGGACUCGGAGGGGGGCGCGGGGCCGGAGCAGCCCCGCAGGAGGGGGGGGGUCCGCCCUGCUGGUCCCCGGUGGUCUGACGGGGCCCCGCGCCCCUUCCCUCCCUCCCUGCCUCCCUCCCCGCAGAGCUGCCGGAGUCGUGGUCCGACAUGCGGGAGCCGCUGCUGGAGGGGAUGGGCUUCGCCCUCAAGUACCUGGGCAUGACGCUGGUGGAGAAGCCCAAGGGGGAGGACAUGGCCAGCGCCGCCAUCCACCGGAUCCUCGCCACGGUAGGAGGCUCGCGGGAGGCGGGGAUGGCCACCAGCCGGGCGGCUUUUGGACUACAGCUCCCACCAUCCCAGACCACUGACCUGCUAGCUAGGGAGGAUGGGAGUUGUAGUCUAAAGACAGCUGGGAGCCAUAGCUGUCAACGUUUCCCUUUUUUAAGGGAGAUUCCCUUAUUCCGAAUAGGAUACCUCGCAAGAAAAGGGAAAAGUUGACAGCUAUGCUGGAGAGCCAAGUUUGAGAGACCCUGGGUUAAGAGGGGGAGAGGGUUGGCCAUGGCUGCUGCUCUGCCUCCACAAUCAAGGCAGCAGGAUUCCAAUUGCUGGAAAUCCUGCUCUUGGGUUUCCCUUUGAGGCCUCUGGUGUCUCAUGUUUUAUGCUUUCAACUGAGCCUCAACAUGAUCAAGAGCAACCAGGGAAUCUGGGACAAGAUUGGAGGAGUCAUGUGCUUGGAUCGUUUGGUGCCGGAGAAAACUGUCAACAGAUCAAGCUCCUUUUAAGGGCAGACCUACAUAAAGAACGUUGCAGCUAACAUGUUUGGAAGUAGCUCAGAAAAAGCUGUCUUCUUGAAGGAAUGUUGCAAUUGAGGAAUCUGUGAAAGUUGGCUGCUUGCUGAGGGUCUCACUGAAGAUCUUGUUCCCCUCAGACAGACUCACUGCUGAUGACGCGGAGGCUGGUUUCAGGAGCCACUGGCUACGCAUCUUGGUGGAGAUCAGAUCUGUUCUGGUUUCCCAACCUAAGAAAAUAAGCUACUGUAGAGCCAGAAUAAAGGGCAGCCCAAAUGGUGCAGGGAUUGGAAGAAACCUUACUGCAUCUGGGGCUUCCUGAUUUGGAGAAAAGGGUUUUGUCCGGACAUGCUGUCUCCAGGUGUGACGAUGAGCACCAGCCUAGAUCUAUCUUUGAAAGGGGAUUGGACAAAUCUACGGAUAAGGAGAUGGAGAUGCCUCCCAGUGGGAAUUCUCUGUCUGCAAAAAAUAGAAUGUUUCCUGAGUUCCUUCUGUGCUCCAGCCUGCCUCUUUUACAGGAUGGGUGCAGGGUGAAGGGGGGAGAGCUUCUUGGAAGUCUGCUAGGAGCUGAGGGCUGGGCUAGGGGGUCUUCUGUGAUUAUCCAGGAGACCUCCUUCCCCAUCUCUACCUUCACUCCUCAGGCUCGGGUGGGGCCCAAGAAAUUCCGGAAGGUGAUCUUGACUGUCUCCCCACGAGGCCUCUCUCUGCAAGACGCUGAGACCAAGGAGACCAUUGAGACCAUCUCCAUCUACAGGUGUGUGAGGAUGCUUCUGCAAGGUAGGGCUGCUGGAGGCCAGGGAGCUGCCUGGCUGAGCCCCUCUCUGCACGGCUGCCUGGCUGAGGACUUGCCCGCUGGCUGGGCUGUGAGCAAGCAUAAAAAGCAAGCAGACAGGCACCCAGUUGGGCACUGGGGAAGCCAAGUGAGGGGCAGCCCGCAGGCGUCUCCUUUGGAACAAAGCCCUGCUGUCCUGGGGGACGUGGUUUGCUGGGGAGCCCCAUCAUGGUCGCUCCCUGGGGGUGUGUGGAGGGGCUGCUCCCCGGUUCCAGCUCCUGCUGCCUGCAGGACAGGGACAUUUUCUGCUCUUCCUGUUUCCGUAAUCCACUGCUGGGGCAAAAUGCUCUCGUUGUGCUGCGUCUCUGCCUUAGUCCUGCAUGCCCAGUAACAUGGCCAUCUCCCACGGCCCCCUGCCCCGUCCUGAGGCCCUCCUGCUCUUGCCCUGCCAGGGGUGCUUGGUGUGGGGAUGCCGAGCGCUGCCUCCUCUCCCGCCCUCUUUCAGGAUUUCCUAUUGCACCACAGACAAGCUGCAGAACAAAGUCUUUGCCUACGUGGCGCAGAACCCCCAGAGCGGUGCCCUCGAGUGCCACGCCUUUCUGUCGCCCAAGAAGAAGAUCGUAAGCGCUGCAUUUGCCCCCCGGGGAGGGCUGGGUCCUGCGCUGCUCUUUUGGGGUGGGGUUUGCUCGCUGGUUGGCCCCUCUGCCCCUGCAUGCCCGGCAGAAGCGUUCCCCACCUCCCUCCCGGGGCCCUUUGCAGGGUGCUGCCUCGCCAGCUGCCCCGCUCGCCUUUUCUUGCCUCGUGUCGCCCAUGCAGGCCCAGGCUGUGACUCUGACGGUGGCUCAGGCCUUCCAGGUGGCCCUGGAUCUCUGGGAGGCUGCGCAGGCAGGUACGGAUGAUGGCCGUGCCCCUAGCCAUUGCUAUGCCAAACCCGUGACCUGCUCCCGCCUGGCUUCCUUGGUGGCUCGGUUGCCCCCCCCCCCCCGCCGGGUGCACCCUUCUUUUCCAAGGUUGUGGGGUGGUGAGGAUGGCGGGGGGCACAGGAGGGGGUGUUCAUGUCAAGGAUGUGAAGUGCCAGCAAAUGGGAAAGGGGGGGUUUCAGCCUCUGGGCAUUUUUUCUCCACCAGGCUCCAGGGAAGGGGAGGGGGAGAAGAAGCCCUCCCUGAGUCCGCUGUGCCCCCCUGUGGAAAGCACCCGCCCGCCUGGCAGGUCACCCCUUGGCAGCCCCCCCUUCAAGACCAACUUUGAGGUACGGUAUUGGGAGUGACCUGCUGCCCCACUGCCAGGCCCCCUUGGCUCUCAGGGCCAAGAGGCUCCCUCCCUCACCAGCCCCACCCUUUGUAUGUCAGCGGGGGCUGCCUGCUCUCUCUCUCGAGGGGCCUGGCAGCCACCUGGCUUUCUCUGGCCCUAGGAGGAAGAAGAGGAGGACGAGGAGGAGGAGGAGGAAGAUCUCAACGAAGCCUUCUCUGGGUAGGGGCCUGUUGGCUGCGUCAAGGUCCCCUGUUGGUUGGGGGGCAAGGCAGUCAGAGGUGUGGGUUUUCUGUUUCUGGGGGGACACAUUGAAGGGCUGCGGCAGGGCUUGUGGAAUAGAAAAUGGUCUGGCUGGGGGGGCUCUCCUUGCUGCUGCUGCUGCUGCUCUGAUCUUUGUCUCUUCUCUGCCCCAAGCCGCGUAGAGGAGAGGGGCCGCCCCACCACAGGUAACCAUUGACACCCCCCCCCCAGCAUGUCCCUGCCCUCAACCUUUGCUUGGGAUGAAGGGGUGGGGGAAUCCCUUUGAAGCCUUUUCAUUUACCUUCUUCCAGGGGAGCUGGGGGUUCCCCUGCAUUUUCACAUGGACUCUUCCAUUUGUAGGUUUCUCUCCCUCUCUGUCUUUUUCUUUCCUCUUGAGUGGCUCCUCUCAAUGCCCUUGUGUGUUUCAGGUGUGGGGGGGCUUGCGUUUGGGGGCUCCCCAGUUGCCCGCUUCCAGUCAGUGGCGGCAUGGGGCUGCAGCCCCCCCAGCAGCUGCCUGCCUCCGGGGACAUUUUUCUGAGGCUGCUUCUCCUCAUCUUUCUCCUGCCACUCACCGUGUCUUCGCUGCUCAUCUCCAGCACAGCCUCUGCUGCCCCUUGUCUGUCACCCACAAGGACCAGCUGCCCCCACCCCUGGGAACCUGGUCUAGCCUGCCUUGGACCCUCAGCAGCAACCCAGGCCAGCCCCUCCCUCACCCUACUGGAACCCCAACAGCACCCUGCGGGGCAUUCAGCAGGGAUCCUCAGCCCCAGAACCUCUUCUGCGGGGGGGGGGGGCAGCAUGAGUCUUGGGGGUGGGUGCACCAGGCCUCCUCAUGGUGCUCUUGAGGCCUGAACAUUGGGGGGGGCAGCAUUCAGAUUCCCAUCAGUCCUCACCCACCCCAUAUUGAGGAGGGCUGUGUUGAGUGUAGAUAAAUCCUUCCCUCUGCUGCCCCCCUCCGCCCUGCUGUCCAGCUCUGGUGGGAAGGCAGCCCCCUCCCCUCCCCACCAGCUGCUCAUCACUGCCAAAUCACAGCUUUGUAGCA